AUGUCUGACUGGGAUACCUCUACCAUCCGUAUCGGCGUCGGCUCCCGCUCCGGUGGCGGUCCCCGUGAGAAAGUCGCCCGUACACAGUCCGAGAUCAAUGCUGCCAGACGUGCUGGUGCCGUUGUCUCCACCGACAAGAAGUUCUCUGGUGGCUCGAACAAGUCGAAUACUCCCGAGGGUCAGCAUCUUACCAAGGUUGACCGCGAGGACGAUGUCGGCAAAAUCGCAAAGGUGUCCACAGAUGUCGGCAAAGCUAUGGCAGCCGCCCGUCAAGCCAAAGAACCCAAGAUGUCCCAGAAGGACCUCGCCACCAAGAUCAACGAGAAGCCAUCCGUUAUCAAUGACUAUGAAAGCGGAAAGGCGCAGCCUUCUCAGCAGGUUCUUUCAAAGCUCGAGCGUGCGCUUGGAGUUAAGCUGCGUGGCAAGGAUAUCGGUUCUCCGCUUGGACCAAAGAAGAAUGGAGAGUCGUCGAAGUAA